CGCCCCCCCCCCCCCCUCGACGCUGUUUCGGCGUUAAUCCGUGGCGGUCAUGGCGGACAUCAAGACGGGAAUCUUCGCCAAGAAUGUGCAGAAAAGACUGAACAGAGCUCAGGAGAAGGUGCUGCAGAAGCUGGGAAAAGCAGACGAGACCAAAGAUGAACAGUUUGAACAAGUUGUCAUCAACUUCCGAAGACAAGAGAGUGAAGGUUCGCGGCUGCAGAGGGAGAUGAAGGCCUACAUGGCCGCCAUCAAAGGGAUGCAACAGGCCUCCAUCAACCUGACGCAGUCCCUCCAUGAAGUCUACGAGCCGGACUGGCACGGGAAAGAUGAUGUCAUGACCAUUGGCAAGGAUUGCGAUGCAUUGUGGGAAAAUUUCCACAAUAAAGUGGUGGACUCGACACUGCUGAGUCUGGACGCUUACUUGCUGCAGUUUCCUGACCUGAAGACUCGUGUGGCCAAAAGAAGCCGCAAACUCAUCGACUACGACAGCGCUCGUCAUCACCUUGAAACUCUGCAGAUGGCCGGGAUGAAAAACGACCGCAAGAUGAUGAAGGCUGAUGAGGAGUUGAGGAAGGCCCAGCGAGUGUUUGAUGAGCUCAACACUGGUCUGCAGGAUGAACUUCCAAGUCUUUGGGACAGCCGCGUUGGAUUCUACAUCGGGACCUUCAAAAGCGUGACCAGUUUGGAGGCCAAAUUUCACCGAGAAAUUUCUCUGGUGUGCAGGCAGCUGUACGAAGUGAUGACGCAACUUGCUGAGCAGCACGCUGACAAAAUGUUCACCAUCCAGGGAGCACCCAGCGAUUCGGGGCCGCUGCGGCUGGCCCGGACGCCGUCGCCGCCCGAAGACCAAAGUCCGCCCGAGAGUCCGGAAGCCCGUUUCGAUCACACGCUCCGCCCGGUUUCUCCUGGGCCGCCACGGCCCAAAUCUCCCAUGCAGAUGAAAAAGGGCCCGCCGGUGCCUCCACCCCCAAAAGCCACGCCUUCCAAGGAGGUAGCGGAGGAGCAUAUCAUCGACCUGUUUGGAGGAGAGUUUUUACCGACGCCCUCACCAUCUCAGCCCAACGAAAGGCCGGGAGAAUCGCUCCUCGAUCUCGAUUUCGACGCCUUCCAGACGGAUGACAGUGUGUCGCCAAUACCGCAGACGGCGGCGCCUUGGGAUACGUGGUCGGCUCAGCCAGCCCAACCUGCCUCAGAAAGCGGCUUUGUGGCUAACUGGUUAGCUGACUUUGGUUCAGCGGCCACCAACGGAGAGGCCUCCACAGGGGAGGCUGCCACAGGAGCUCCUGAAGGGGUAGAGGGAGAGGAUGGGGGUGGCGAUGGAGAGCCAGUCACCACUCCUCCUUCUCCUCCUCCUCCUCCUCCUUCCAAUGACAGCGAGGCAGCAGAGGAUGAGGUUAGCGGCCGAGAUGAACCGUCUCAAAUACAGGCAGCGGGGCCGCAGGACACCUCCGCGAGUUGGGGCGGUGCUGAAGCGGACAAAGGUGGUAAUGAUUGGCAAGAAAGGACACGUGUCACGUGCGGAGAUGCUACAAGUGAUGCCUCAUUAGGUGGGAUGGACACGCAGGUGGGAGGCUCCUAUCCUCUUGCAGAGGAACCGCUGGCCUUUGACCUGGAUCCUUUUGCGGAGGCACAGGGAGAAGGCACGGCUCCCGACGAUUCUCUUGUCGAAGCACGGGGAGGAGUUGACUUGGAUGUGGCGCUUGUUCCUGAAGCGCAGGGAGGAGAAGGGGGAUUAGGCGCAGAUGGAGGAGCGCUCCAUUCAGCUCUUUUUGCUGACAUAGGGGGAGGGGGUGCAUUUGAUUCUGACCCUUUUGCUGAAACCCGCGGAGCGGGGGGAUUUGAUUCGGAUCCUUUCGCUGGCAUAGAGCGAGGAGACGGCACAUUUGAGUCCGACCCUUUUGGCGAAACUGCAGGAGCGUUUGAGUCCGACCCUUUCGCCGAAACAGCAGGAGCGUUUGAGUCCGACCCUUUCGCCGAAACAGCAGGAGCGCUUGAGUCCGAAACAGCAGGAGCGUUUGAGUCCGACCCUUUCGCCGAAACAGCAGGAGCAUUUGAGUCUGACCCUUUCGCCGAAACAGCAGGAGCGUUUGAGUCCGAAACAGCAGGAGCUUUUGAGUCCGACCCUUUUGCCCGAGCCCUCGGAGCAGGUGCCGUUCCUUCGGAUCCUUUUGCCGAAACACAGGGCCCGGAUUCAUCCGAUUGCACUCCGUUUGCCGUAUCCUGGGCUAGAAACGAUGCAGGUUGUUUGAAGUUAGAAGCCAAUCUCGCGGCAGACUGUUCUCUGGCCUCCGGAGAUGUCGGAAGCUGGGGGGAUCCUUUUGCAAACAGUCUUUGUGCAGCGUCUGCAGAUGCCGACGUGUCCUGGAAGCAAGCUGGCAAGAGCAGCUGCUCGGACCCUCCUAAUGAACGCACGAGCUCAGCCACGGACGUCCAAGGCGUAAAUGUUGCCAAAGUCCGCAAGGAAGCUGAAACUUCGGACAUGUCCGAAGAUGAGGCUGCAAACCUGAGAUUUGGAAAAUUGUACUACGGUGUAGCUAAAGAAAAGGAAGAGGUACUUUGCUAGCGCGCUACUUUGGCAGCCAGUAGACGUCAGUUGACAUUCCAAAGUAGCCACUAACCCAAACCCAAUCUUGCCUUCUCCUCUUAACACCUACCCGUGUCUGUCGUGUGAUAGAAUGUUGGCUCACAAGCAUGUGAUUGCCUCGAGCUCGCCAAUUACAAUGUUUGAGCAAAGCCCGUCCUGCCCAAGGCUCGUCGUCAUUUAGGUAGCGAGCUCAGUUUAGCUAUCUCACCUUAGCUAUCUGGAUCUUCUAAAAUUCAUCCUUUCCCUGCAGCGCCCUUCACCUGCACCCCUUCUUGACACACCUUUGCUUUUGACUUUAUUGUUUUUCUUGAAUUACCGA